AUGGUGUACGACGCCUCACUUGGCUAUGAUCCGGAGGAGUGGGAGGAAUGUCCGGAACCGGAACAUUUCCUUGUAUUUUCCUUCUUCACCCGAUUUUUCCUGUCAGCUAUGGCCGUCGGCUUCGCUUAUGUCUUCUUCAAAUUAGUUGAGGAGAACAAAAACAAAGGAAAUAAGAAGGAUGAAGAGGAAGCUCCGGUCACAGGAGAACUCUUACAAGAAGUUGGGCAGAAGCUUGAAAAGAUUCUGGUAGAACAACAAGAUCAGCCAGACUUCCAACAGAAAUAUCAGAUUUUAAACGCUCAACAGCAGAGGCGCAUCGAACGAAACGAACAACAAAAUUUAUCCCAAACGACAUAUAAUAAUCUUUAUGAACCUCCUAGCUCAGCUGAGCAAUUGAUUCGAGAAGCUGAAGAAUAUCUUCGAGAGUCCCCCAAAAAGGAAGCGAGUCCAAGGCCCUUCCAAUACUUACCGGAUACACUAGAAGAUACCCAACCAAGUGCUCCGAGACAAUUUGAACAAACUCUUGGUAAUGCUCCAAGUCAAGUUCAUCAAGCUGCUCAAGGUCAAGCUCAGAUUAUCGAUGAUGCUUUCGAUUCUUUGAUAAAUGAAAGACCAGCUGAACCAGCUACCCAUUAUCAACAACCUCUUCCAGCGCUGAGUCCACUCGAUGAACAGUUCAUGAAUCUCGAACAACAAGCUCAACAGGAUCGUCAACCACAACAGUUCUCUCCUCAGUCAAAACCCGAGAAGAAACUGAGCUCAGAGCAACAACAAGCAAUCUAUGAGUGGGAAAUGGAGAGAGAGCGACUGGAGAAUGAGAGAAUUGCCAAUCUUAACCAGGACCGUGUCGUAGGAGGAGAAGAAUCUGAGUUUGAUAACUCGGAACAAGCUAUUGAUCGUCUUCUUCCUGCUUCUCACAUCUCAUAUCAUAGUAGAUCUCCAGAUGAGGAUUUGUUGAGAGAAAAAAGAGAAACGCUCGCUCAGCAGAAUCUUCUGCUUCAACAACAACAGCAACAACUGGAGAAUGCCAGAUUCGGCGAUAAAUUACAACAGAAAAUUAAUUUGCUCGCUGGACAAGCUGAUAGCGCUCCUAACAGAGACAGCUAUCGCGAUUCUGAGUUGACUGACUAUGACAUCAGCGAUUUCCACGUCCACGAGCCUCAUUAUGACCAUGCUGCGUCUCCAACGGAAGAUGUCCAAUUCGUUCAAGCAGGCUCUAUUCAAAAAGAACAACGUCAUGAGACUGGAGACAGUGAUGAAUACGUGAAGGUACAAAUGGAGCCUAUCUAUGAUGUUCCACCAGGCAAUGAGAAAGUAAUGUCUAAUGAGGAAGCUAGACAGCUUCAAGAGCUCUGUCGCGAAUAUGAUUUCGGAAUGGAUUUGGGGAUGCCAACAACGAAGCAAAGUUCUAAUGAAAGGCUGGAACCAUCAACUUCAGCCGAGGCUGCACAAGCCUAUGUGCAGGAAGUGCAAGCGUCUCCUUUCGGUGUGAUUGGAGAUCGACCUGUACCGCAGCCAAGGUUUACUUCUGCUGUCAUUCCUUCAGAGAAAUUGAAUGAUCAAGGAACAACAAUCCGUAUUCGAUUAGAUGGAACAAAUGAGAUUCCACAGGAUGACACAAGAAACAUCGUCGCUGCUGAAAUGUAUAUUCAAGAUGCUUUGGAAUAUCUCGGAAAUCAGAACGUUCCAAAUGCUGCCUCUGGAUUUGUUAUGGAAGAAGAUAUGCUCAGUAGUCCUCAUGAUAGUAAGAGAAUCAGUUUGAACCUGCAGAUGAAACCUACAAGUGGAGAUCCAACUAGUCAGAUGGUGAAAACUAUGGAGGUGUUCGAACGUGUUGAACAAGAUGAACAUGACGAUAUGACAUAUGCUCCUGAAAUUCAAUCGGUUGAGAUUCCUCCUGACCAAAUGAGCGAGAACAGUGAUAAUCUUCAAGAAUAUUUUGAUCGCGUGGCUGCCGAAGGAGGUAUCCCACCGGAAAUUAUGAAGCCUCUGCAGAGUGCUCAUCAAGUUAUUCAGCAAAACGCUGUUCCUCAAGCUCCUCAGAUAUUGUCAGCUUUUGCAAAUAGAAAGACACCCAGUAACAGUUCAUUAGCUUCUGGACGUAGUGGUCGCAGUCAUAGUGGUAUGAGUAGUGAUGGAUAUCCACGGCUGAGGAAACAGUCUUCGUUGUUAUCUGUUUUGGGCGUAACAUCAAUGCAAGAGAUGCUCUUAACAAUCACCAGCCUAGAUGCUCUUUCUGAUGCUAUGCGUAAGGCUGGAUUAGAAUCUACUAACCUCAUUUUCGGUAUCGAUUACACAGCAUCAAACAAGUAUCAAGGAGAAGAAUCUUUCGGUGGACGUUCACUGCAUACAAUCCACCCAAAUAUCAAAAACCCAUAUCAACAAGUUAUCACCAUUCUUGGUAACACUUUAGCUCCCUUUGCUAGUACAGGGCGUAUUCCAUUAUUCGGUUUUGGUGAUGCUAAAACCGGGGAUUGGAGUACUUUCUCACUGAAACCUAAAGGAGAUUGUACAUCACUCGAGGAAGUUUUGAAAGUUUACAAUGAGAUUACACCCAGUGUGGAGCUCAGUGGACCCACAAACUUUGCUCCAUUGAUCUACCAAGCAAUGGAGAUUUGUCAGAAAGCCAAUGAUUAUCAUAUUCUUGUAAUUAUUGCUGAUGGUCAAGUCACCAACGAGAGAGCAACUCGUAGAGCUAUUGUUCAAGCCUGUCAAUACCCACUUUCCAUCAUUGUUGUUGGAGUAGGUGAUGGACCUUGGGAUAUGAUGAGAGUUUUUGAUGAGUCCCUGCCAAAGAGAUCGUGGGAUAAUUUCCACUUCGUUGAGUAUCAUGAUAUUAUGAAAAAGACCGCAGGACUGGAAGACGGCGAACUCAAACUUGCCGUUCAAUCGCUUUUGGAAAUUCCAGAUCAAUAUAGAUGCAUAUGUGAGUUAGGUCUUCUUCGGAACCGUCCACCACCAAUGAGAGGAUCAGACAUCAGAAAGGAAAUGCAAACUCAAUAA